CUUAGACUACACAUCAUCAUUUGAAGAAGAAGGAACAUGAUGAAGGGGUCGGUAUACCUUAUACUCGCUCUUAUAAGUCUCUCUUUUCUCCUGGUCACUAAAGUUGGAGCUCAAGCCAUUAUUCAAGGAUGCCUUUUUCCUGAUUCCGGAGAUGUUGCCUUUGUCCUCAAUGAUGCUCUUGACAUCAUUGCUGGGACUGACACCAACUCUGAGCUAUACGAUCACACCAUCUCUUGUCUCGCUGUAUCAAGGACAGUGAAUAGAUUCCGACUUGCUACAGCAGUGGUUAACUUCACUUCUGAUUCAGAUGCACUCUCAUCUAUAGGCUGCCCUGCCAACACUCCUUGUCUUAGUUUCCUUGAGAUGGCUUGCAAUGAUGCCAAUGAUAGAUGGGAACGCAAUCAGAUUUUUGCAACUUUAAGUUUUACGAAAGACGGUAAUGAGUCUCUUAGUGUUACCUUGCGAACUGAUUGUGGUAACUGUGGAAUUGAGAGUUCCAUACCUCAGGGAGCUAAUCCGAUAUUUGAUCCAAAGACUCACUGCUUCCGUUGCAACAGUCUUUGUCUUAUUGAUGGUUUCAGACAGUGCUUUGGUCUAGUUGAGACAAACUGUUGCAAUUUCUAUGAAGAAGGAGUGUGUAUUGAUCAAUGCAGCGACAGGAGGAUUACUGUAUCAGAGACUAACUUCACUUGUGUAUGCAACAACAGUUUUACUGGACGUAAUUGUGAUGUAUGUAACAUAACCUGUGGUCCAAAUGGUGUGAAGAAUACUGAAUAUUGUAUCUGUGACUGCUCUCCUGGGUUCACUGGUGAUAGGUGUGAGAUUGACAUUGAUGAAUGCCAAAGUGUCAACUGCAGAAACAAUGGAACCUGUAAUAACUUGGUCAACAACUUCAGGUGUGACUGUAUAUCAGGGUUUGGUGGAAGAUUCUGUGAGAAUGACAUUAACGAGUGUGAAACUGUCAGCUGUAACAACGGAACUUGUAUGAACCUGAUUGGUGGUUUUAAGUGUGACUGUAAUCCUGGCUUUACCGGAAUGUUCUGUAAUGUCACCAUUAAUAUCUGUAUUGAAGAAAUGCCUUGUCUUAAUGGAGGUACCUGUCUUCCUCAAGUUAAUAAUUAUACUUGUGAUUGUGCUCGGAACUUUACCGGACGAAACUGCAGUCGAUGUGAAGCGCCUUUCAUAUUAUCCAAUCAAAGUUGUGCUUUGCCUUGUGAUAUUGCUAAUCCAUGUCAAAAUGGAGGUACAUGUUCAAACCUAAUGGAUGGUACCGUUACAUGUAAUUGUAUAUUAAACUUCACUGGACCAACCUGCAAUAUUCCACCACAGACAGUAUGCAAUCCUAAUCCUUGUUUGAACAAUGGUACCUGUACCAGCUCUGGUGGCCGGUUCCAAUGUUCAUGUCCUCCAAACUUCAGCGGAGACAGGUGUCAGAACUGUGACAUAAAGAACUGUCGGACUUGCUCUGCCAUUGAUAACAUUUGUACUACUUGUGCUGACGGCUUUGUACCUGCUAAUGCAACUACUGGAGGCUGUGCUAAAGACCUUUCUCAGUGCUUUGCCCAGGACGAUCCUCCAUUGUGCAAAUGGAUGACAGUGACCAGUGCCUGCUGCUACACUGACAUAUGUACUAAAGAAUCCAGCAACAAGAACCAAUACAGCAGUUACAGGAGGGACUUUAAGUGUUUUGAAAGUUUUCAUAAUAACUGGAAAAGACGGGCAGAGGGUUUUGGGUUUUUUUUUCCAAGAAUUAAUGACGAAGCUAAUUCCUUGAAACACAAUAGCUUAAGUCGUCUGCUUGAAGAUUGGCGUGAAGGUCUUGAAGAUUCACUUAAGAGUUUGCGGCUGUGGGUCAAUUACUUGAGGAGGAGAUUGCCUGAUGUGACCAUACCACCUGUACCCACUCUUGAAACCAGGACUGCCGAUGCUAAUGCCUUAUAUAAAGAGUAUACUGAGUACUGGUACAACGUUGUUAACAUUUUCAACAAUAACAUCAUUCCUCUCUACAGCCAGUGAAGCUAUUACUACAGUAUAUCAUUAACAUUCAUGAUGCUGCUACCAUUAUUCAUUAUUAUUGUCACUAUACUACUCAUGGUGUUCACUGCUGGUAUAUAUUGAACUAGUUAAUAAACACUCUCUUAAUCAUAAUCAUUUUAAUCAUUUUAUUGAAUAUAUGCAACAGUUAAGUUUAUCAGUAUGUACAUGUCUGUGUCAUCAUUUUAAUAAUCAGUUUCAUGAUUUGAGACGUA